CACACACACGCACAAACACACACGAACACGAACGCACAAGCGUGCUCACACACACAUAAAUGAGAAAGAUUUUUAAAGAAACAAAGACACCAGCCAAGGGAUAGGUCAUGAGGCUGCGCGUGAAGCCCAGAAGUUAUGAGUUCUUGCGCAGGCUUCAGUUUUGUGAAACCCCGCCCUGCCUCAAAUCUGCGCGUGCGCAGAGGAUUUGGCGGGAAGGUCCAAGGCUUCACUUGUGCAGAUCAGUUUAGAGGCCGAGUUCAGAUCGACGAGAGCCUUAGUCCCUGGCCCCCAGUCUUUUGACUUUGGUGUGCUCUCUGAGAAAAGAUUUCUAAGCAGGAACUCAAGACUGGCUACUUUUCUGAGGUGCUAGAGGAACCCUAGUCAGUGUGCGAGCGGCAAAGCGUGGCCUCCAGAACCUGGGCGCUUCGAGGCUGAGGCUACCAUCAACAACGAUGAGUUUAAAACCAUUCACCUACCCAUUUCCAGAGACGAGGUUCCUUCAUGCAGGAACCAAUGUGUAUAAGUUCAAAAUCAGAUAUGGCAACAGUAUCAGAGGAGAAGAAAUAGAGGAUAAGGGAGUCAUCAUCCAGGAGCUGGAGGAUUCUAUCCGGGCAGUCUUAGCAAACAUGGACAGCCUGCAGCCCUUCGUUACAGAACACUUCAUUGUGUUUCCCUAUAAAAGCAAAUGGGAGAGAGUUUCCCACCUGAAGUUUAAACAUGGAGAAAUCAUCCUGACUCCCUACCCGUUUGUAUUUACUCUCUACAUAGAGAUGAAAUGCUUUGCUGAAAGUCUGCCUUCGGGGAAACCAACAGAUGAUAUUCCUCUUGAGUUGGUCCUAACUGCGAAGGAAGCAGAAGAAGCUACAAUGAGGAAACGGAAACUCAUGGAAGAGCCCAGCACCCCUAGCAGGCCAGGGCCACACAGGGCCAAGAUGGAGACAUGGAGUGAAGCUUCCAGCACUAAGAAGGCUCUGAAGGAGCACAAGAGGCCUCUGGAAGUCAAGAAGAGGAUUGAGAAAGUACAAGAGGGGUGCAUGAAGCCUUGGAGAACAAAGUGCUCUAUAAGCAAGGUAAUUGCUAUAAAGGAGCAUUUCCCUCGCGCUACCCUCCGUGCCUUCCUAUUCUUAGUUUGACACAUCAUCUCCUGUAAGAACAGUACCCACAGCUUCUUACUCAACAUAAUUACCUUUUCAUUUCAACUCGGGGCUUAGAGAGAAGCUGAGCAAAAGGAGCAUGUUUAUUGAUUUUGACUCAACGCCCAAAGACAGCCUCCGUCGCUGCCCCUGUUCCCAGGGAAAGGAUUUCUCCCAAAUUAAUGCAACCACAGUGACUGUCAGUGCAAGCCACUUGAGCUGGAAGAAUUGAAUUUGCUCCUAUGGUUCAGUGCUCGGCAUCCUCCCACCCCUUUGUGGAAAGUUUGGGUGAGAGGAACACAUACAGCCAGGGAGGAUUGUGCAUGUCUGAACACAUUGAAAAGCUUUAGCAGGGAAUGCAUAAAAGAAUACAGCACGUGUCUCAUGAGACCUGUUUGGGGGCAAAUAGGAAGGGAAGACCCUUUCUUUCUGUCCUUUUAGAUUCCAGACCCAGAGGGCCAGACUGGGAAAGGUUAAGAGAGAUUAGCAGAUAAAUGGCCCCAUGUGGACCAGACCGCUCAGGGUAUUCUCUCAGUGUGCUCCACUUGUAAGGAGGUCUGACUCUGAACUGUCGGUGGCUUUCAAGGUGUGACAGCUUGCUGGCCUUCUUCAGUGGCACCACGGUCUUCCUCAGCCUGUCUUUCUGCUCCUCAGUCUGUGCCAGUAUACUGCCUGCCAGGGAAGCAGUCUUUGUAAGAGGACUUUCCCUGCUUCCGGGAUGAGCUUUUCUCUCUCUCUCUCUCUCUCUCUCUCUCUGACCACUAAGACCCAGCCCUCAUAAAUGCUGGACUCUUCAGUCAUCUCUGCAGCAAGAUUUAAGUCCAGAAUCAUAGUUUCCUUAGGUCUGUAAGAAUUAUCCUUUCAAGAAACUAGAUCCAGGCCCUGGGAAUCUUCCUUGCUGUCCAGGAGGUGAGAAUGGCUUUCUUCCUCCUGGAGUUCUCUCGUCUGUGUAGGAAUAUUUCCCUGGGCAUGCCCACUGUAGACAUCAAUUUGAAGGGUUGGUGAAAACACUCAGAAAGAUCUACCAUUCUAACUUGAAAUGUAUGCUUAGAAUAGGAGCCAGUGCAACUUCCUAGGGACCUACUGCAACUGUCUUUCCAGCACUCUGUACUUCACCAGAAAGCAGCUCACCCAGAAUAGCACCCAUGUGCUGUACAGUCAGGCCUCAGGCUAUGCUGGGUGAGGAGAGGCCAACUGGCAGACAUUCCAAAGAAAAUGUAUGUUGUUUCUGACAAUCAGAGCAUUUACUAGAAAUGUGGACCUGUAUGAUAUCCUCUUCAAGGUACAAAUUUUUUUUUUUUUGGUUCUUUUUUUCGGAGCUGGGGAUCGAACCCAGGGCCUUGCGCUUCCUAGGCAAGCGCUCUACCACUGAGCUAAAUCCCCAACCCCAAGGUACAAAUUUCUACAAAGAAUUUCUACAAAGAGUGGCACACGGAGAUAUAAGGCUGUGUUGUAUCAUGAAGGCAUUUCCACAACUGAGGCUCCUUUUUCUGUGAUAACUCCAGCUUGUGUCAAGUUGACACAUAAAACCAGCCAAUAAACCAUCCUAGUCUACAGAGUUUCAGGAUAGCCAGGGCUACACAGAGAAACCCUAUCUUGAGAAAACGAGAGAGAGACAGAGAGAGAUUUUAUCCUUGGUCUUUUUUGUUUAGUUUUGUUUUAUUCUACUGUGUUUUGUUUUGUUGUUUCAAUAGAGCUGGGGUGAAGACUCCCAGCAGGAUACCCCAGCCUCAGAUUCCACUGCUGUCACGGAGCAGGGUAAGUUGGGGAGAUUCUUGUUUGUUUUCUUUGUGUCAGGCUCUUGUGGUAGAGCCUGGGGUAGCUUCUAACUCUUGAGCCUUCUCUUGCCUUCCCCUCCUCAAAACUGAGAUUACAGGCAUGAGCCACCAUGCCCAGCCACCCCCUGCUUCUGACAUUGAACUCAGUAGCCCAGAAAUUCCAAAGCAUUUCCUCAUGAAGUGGAAGGUUUCAAAGGAAAGCUGGAAGGGACGUGGCUCCCUUUUCUGUGGGGCUGAAGGACUAUUCUGGGAAGUGUGUUCUCUUCACCUGGGGCAUCAGCAUUAAGAUCGAAGGUGCAGCAGGGGCUGGAGCUGGAGUUCAGUUGGUAAAAUACUGAAUCCAUUCCCAUAAAGCCUCGGGGACAAUCCCCAGCACCUCAGAAAACCAGACAAGGUACACACCUGCGUCCUAGAGCUCCAAUGGUUUACCGAAAACCAAGUUAGAGGCUGGCCUGGGUUGCAUAAAAUCUUGUCUCAAAAAAUAAAUAAACUGAAGGUAUAGACAGAUGCUCUGCCUGGUCUAGGAAUGCCCAAAGAGGACUCCUUCCAGCAGUCCAAGCUUUCCUCUGAGUAAGGACACGGAGCGGGAUGCAGUUAUCCAGAUGCAGGAUGUGAGCCUGUGAAUUACUGGACAAGUUGUGGCUUCCUGUGGAAACAUGUCAGCUCUGGUGGACGGCUGAGACUUGAGCCGUAUAAAUAUCUCAAACUUGACUUUGAAAAUAUGCCAAGGUCAGAAUAGAAUCUUGCUGAGCAGAGAUGAAAUUUGGAAAGGUCAGAGCAAACAUUUCACCUGACUCUAAAGAAUUCUCGGUGUGUGCGGCUGCCCUGUGAUCUCCUCUUAGAUCAAGGAGUCCGUGGGUCAGCGUCUCUUCCCUGCCUGAGUGUUUUCCUUACAGAUCCUAUGUUGGGGCAUAGCCUGCCAGGGCUGGUUGUCCCUCCACUGGAACACAGCAAUCCACCACCACUGAAAGAGCCAGCAGCCAGAGGCUUCUUGGGGUUUCUAAGGUAAGACAGAGUUUUUGCCAUCAAACUGAAAAGCAGUCUCUGGGUUCAGUUGCUUCACUGGGUCUUGGAGGGGGAGAGAGUAGAGGAGGAGAUUCUUCCUGUGGUUUAUUUCUCAGUUCUUUCAGAGAUAGAUAACAGGAAUGGAAUUGAGAGUGAGGGCCCUGACUCAAAAGACUGGGUACUUUUUUUUUGGAGACAAGGUCUCACUACAGAACCCUGGCUGGCCUGCUCACAGAGAUCCCUCUGCCUCCGUCUCCAGAGUGCGAUGGAAGGUGUGCACCAUCGUGCGGGGUGCCCUUCCCUGGAGACAGGGCCUCCCUUUGUAACCCUGCAAGUUUUAGCUUGGGCUGCUCUGCUGUCUGUUCAUUUUUGCACAGUUCUUUCCACCCUGAGGUCCCCACAUGAGACCUGUCUCACAAAUGUUGAUUGAGCAGAAACAUCUGUCUUUCUUGGGUCAUUCAGAUGAUUUGGAGUCCAGAAUGCGUUCACUCUCCAUUCAAAUCUUGGUGUGUGUUCAGAAUCCUUUCUGCAAAGAACACUGAGCAAAUCUUUGUCUAUCUCGAUCUCAGCUAUUCUGCUGCACUUCUCUCUCCUUUAUUACCCUCUUCCGGGGAUAAUCUAAUUUGGGUGCCUUCUCAGAUGCUGUUUUGGACUUGGGUUUCCAUUCAGUGGUUCCUCAGAGCAAAAUGCCCUGGCUAAUGAAGCACGAGGGAGAAAUGAGCCACCCCCUCAGUCUCAGACCCCUCUGCUUGCAUCCUGCAGCGCCCUCUUCCCAUUUCGGUACUUCUUCAGGAAGAGCACUCAGUGAGCCCUCCAGGCACCACAGCACGGCUCAUGGGUCAGCAUAGGAAAGAAGAUGUCCCCUCUCAGUGACUCCUCCUCAGCUAUGCCACACCGCCUUUGCUUCUGUUUUCUUUUUGUCUUCUGCUUAUUUUGAGACAAGUGUUACUGUAACAUAGCCCAGGCUGGCUUCAAGUCUGUGUCUCGGCUCCCACGUGCCAUUUUUUUCUCCUAACCCCUGGUCAUGGGGAUGCUGGCACCAGACCACCGGGUCCUCGUGUGAGUUUAUCCUGUUGUUUGCCUUUGGUUUUUCUAUUUAAAACACUAAGGAGGAGGCUGGAGAGGUGUAAGUACGAUGCUAUUGCAGAGGACCUGAGCUUGGUUCUCAGGACUCACAUCAAGCAACCUACAGCGGCCUGCAGCUCCAGCUCUAUCAGGACCUUCUUCUGGCUUCUGCAGAAACUUGUGCACCCCAGCCUCCUGCCCCAUAAUUGGAAAAGCAAAACAAAACAAUGCUAAGAAGGGCCAGCAAGGUGGCCCAAUGGGUAAAGCACCUGCACCCAAACCUCAUCACCCGACUCCAACCGCCAUACACGCACCAUGGCUUGCACACCACACAAAAUAAAAUGUAAUUGUAUUAAAAGUUCUAAGAUAAAUAAAUAAAUAAAACACUAAAGAAUUCUACUGCCCUAA